AGGGAAGCGUAGGGCUGCCAACGACGCAGACGCAGACGCAGAGUGGCCUGGCGGGCUUGAGGACGUAGUGAUCCCACACAACCGGGCUUCCCCACUGCUACGGGGUGUUCAGUGUUUCCGGGAUAAACAUGCACCGCGAGGCCUCGGAGCCCGUGACGGACGGGGGAGCGGAGCAGGACUGCGCGCGGGAGCCGGGCUUGGAGCCAGCCGUGGAGGAGUCGGCGGGUGACCACGGGAACGCAGGCCAAGGGGGCCGCAAGGAAGAAAUUAAUGAUCCUAAGGAAACAUGCGUGGGUCCUUCAGACGCUUCCUACCUCAGCAAGCAGAAACACAGUGGCGAUAGCUGGUCAGAUGGUCGCUUAGCACACCAAAGAGAUGACAAAGAAGAUCGUGGCCCCAGAAUGACUAAAAAUUUUCUGCAAAAACUGUGCAAGCAGCACAAGCUUUAUAUUACCCCAGCCCUGAACGAUACACUGUAUUUACACUAUAAAGGCUUUGACCGCAUCGAGAACUUGGAAGAGUACACAGGGCUGCGUUGUCUCUGGCUGGAGUGCAACGGAAUACAGAAAAUCGAGAACCUAGAGGCCCAAAAGGAACUGCGAUGCCUCUUCCUGCAAGUGAACUUGCUCCAUAAGAUCGAGAACCUAGAACCUCUGCAGAAACUGGAUGCUCUCAACAUCAGCAACAAUUACAUCAAGACCAUUGAAAACCUGUCCCGCCUGCCGGUCCUCAGCACGCUCCAGAUGGCCCACAACCACUUAGAGACCGUGGAAGACGUUCAGCAUCUCGAGGAGUGUUUGAAACUCCGUGUCCUUGACCUUUCCCACAACAAGCUGAGUGACCCAGAGGUCCUGAGCGUUCUCGAGAGCAUGCCCGACUUGGUAAAAGACACACGCGCACACAACUUGCGUUAUCUUGUGUUCUGUAGACAGCAAAUCUCUUUUCUCUUUCCCCUCCCUCCCUUCCCCCUUCCUUUCUCCCUGCUUUU